CAUGGGGACGCUGGCGCAUGGCGCUUAACUCGGAACUCUGUGACAGCGUCACUUCUGCGAAGACGUCUGAGGAUCGUCAAUCCUACAAUACUAAUAAAAUACCCAAAGGUUAUACUACCGAUCCGAGGAUGCUUCUUAUGAUGUCAUCGCGUGACUUCACCAACAUCAGUCCACUUCCAGAAUCCCAAUUCCUGUACUACGGCAUUCCCCGCAUUGACAGCCGCGCCGCGCCCUGCCGGAAGUGGUCGGUACGCAGCGGCACCUCAUUCAUCCGUCGAUCGGACAGUGCUAGCUACCAAGUUCUCUACUGUAACCGUGGAGAUCAUCGGAAAUAA